AUGGGCGGCCUUCUGCUGCUGUUAGCACUGAGUGCUGUGAUGGCGCUUGCCUCAUUUCUUGCAGGCGCCCUCCCAUUAUCGAUGACCCUGACACAAUCCCAAUUGCGCUUCGUCUCUAGCAUAGGGGUCGGCAUUCUCGUUGGCACAUCGCUCAUCGUUAUCAUUCCUGAGGGUGUCGAGGCUGUUGUGAACACGUAUCUCACUGCCAGCUCGAGUGCUGGUGCAGGCGCUGCGAUCCAGACACGACAUACCUCUAGCUUCGAGGCUGCGAUGCACCAAGCUGUUCCGCGGUCACUGGUCUCGUCAGGAGUCGAUGCCGUUUCCAGCCCGCUGUCACCACGCGCCCUGGAAGACAUUAUCCAGCACAUCUCAGUAAAGUCAGAGGCGAAGAGAGAUGACCGCCGGCGAGCGGACGACAUAGUUACCACGGCCGCAGCUGCUGCCCCGGAAAGCGGUGCCGCCGAUAGCACAAAGGGAUCAACCGAUGAAGAUACACAAAAUGACAAGCACGGGCAUGCACCAUCGAAGAGCAUACAUGCGGACUCCGAGCACAAGCACGAGGCACCAACUCUGCCGACGUUUCAAAUAGGAUUUGCCCUAGUCUCUGGCUUUGUGUGUAUGUUCCUGAUCGACCGGUUGCCGCGGCAUGCGGUGGACAGACUGCAGACGGUGCCAACGACGCGCCACAUCAGCCUCGACAACCUGGGCCUGUCGGGUGUGGCCGGAGACAGCGAUGGCGAAGCGGAGGAAGAGGUGGGAUUUUUGGGGUCGCUAACACCAACACCACGACAGUCACGAGGGCUAGCAACCACGGCCGGGCUCGUGAUUCAUGCGGCGGCAGAUGGCAUAGCCAUGGGCGCGUCGGCAACAACGGAGGACAUGAAGCUGGGGCUCGUCAUCUUCGUUGCCAUAAUGCUGCACAAGGCGCCGGCGGCGUUUGGCCUGACGUCGGUCCUGCUGAAACACGGCUUGUCAAAACGGGCAGCACGUGGCCAUCUCGUGCUCUUCAGCCUGGCGGCGCCGUUUGGGGCGCUGUCCACGUAUAUAUUCAUAACCCUGGUGUGGGGCAGCAAUAUGGAGGGCGAGCGAGGCCAAUAUUGGACUGGGCUGCUGCUACUGUUCUCUGCAGGGACAUUCCUAUAUGUGGCUAUGCAGGCAAUGCAGGACGACAGCGGUGGCCACGAGCAUCACCUACCUCUGAACAACAGCUACGCCGAGAAUGGCAGUAUGGCACAGCGGAGACAGAACCGGCCACAGAUGCGGGACACAGUGGCGACGAUAGUCGGCAUGCUUCUGCCGCUUUUGACCCAGUUUGGGCACCAUCACUAG